AUGCCGUCGGUGUCAGCAGGCUAUGCGCCUGACCUGGACAAGCUUAUAAAGUCUCUCAAGGGUCAGCCCCUCGACGCCUCUGUCGAGAGCCUCCUCUCGCUUCUCAAGAGACGCCAAAUCAAGGGCUCUGAGCCUUGCGCUAUUGCCACUGCCCACAUACUUCUACAAGUAGUAGCGCGCUCCAAGUGGCAGGACGUCGACGCACUGAUCGACAAUGUAUCCCAAGUCGGCCGACGACUCGUCAAGGCGCAGCCCACAGAACUCGCGAUAGGCAAUAUUGUGCGGCGCGUACUCGGCCUCAUCCGCGACGAAGCUGCGGAAGAGCGCCAUGACCAAGAGGACGAGACUCAAAGCGAGGCGUCAGCGCCCGCCGCCCGCACAGAUGGCUUUUCCUCCCCGAAGCCACGACCCCAGCUUACCUCGACGCUUAGCUCGGCUGGUCUACCAAAGACUCUCUUCCAUCUUCUCUCUGCCUCGCCAGAUGUCGACCUCGCGUCCAGCGACCCCGGCUCGCCUUUCCACAACUCUGGCACUUCGACACCGACAACAUGGAAGGGCACCUACAGCCAGAUCCACACCCUACGAUCUGAAGUCAUUGAUGGCAUUGAGGAGAUUAUGGACGAGAUUAGCCAGGUGGAUGAUCAGAUCGCCGCUCUCGCAGAUGUCCAGAUUCGUCCCGGCGAUUUCGUCCUGGCCUACCGCCCGUCCACUACGGUCGAACGCUUUAUUCUGCGAGCCGCGCAAAAGAGAAAGUUUACUCUGUUUCUAGCCAUCGAGGCUCCGAGCAAGCCUACCAGCGAAGAGCCACACGCUUCGUUUCGCAGAAAGCUCAUCGCAGCUGGGAUCGCCGUCAUUAACAUUCACAACUCGGGCCUCACGGCAUACAUGCCCCGCGUGGACAAGGUGAUUCUCGGUGCCAAGGCUAUAGUGGCCAAUGGCAGUGUCAUGGCGACGGCCGGAUCUGCUGCCAUUGCACGUGCAGCUAAGGAGCACGGCACUGCUGUCAUUGUCCUCAGUGGCGUAUACAAGCUAAGUCCGGCCAAUCCCUUUGCGGAAGACACUCUUAUCGAGUGGGGGGACUCGUCUAGUUUUGUCAACUUUGCCAAUGGCACCAUGGUAAAUCAUGUCGAGAUUCGCUCUGCUCUCACGGAAAUGGUGCCCUCUGCAUUCAUUGAUACCUACAUAACAAACCUGGGCACACAUUCGCGCGACUAUUUGUCCAGCAUUAUUGCUGAUCAUUACAAGCACCAAGAUGUCAAUUUCGAUCUCGUUGGUGAGCGCAUGGUCUAA